GACUAUCAGGAAGCUUCUAAUUUGGAGCAGUUUGUGACUCGCUUUCUUUUGAAGGAAACACUGAACCAGCUGCAGUCCCUCCAGAGCUGCCUGGAGUGUGCCAUGGAGACCACGGAGGAGCAGACGCGGCAGGAGAGGCAAGAUCCAACAAAACCAGAAGUGCUCUCAAUUCAAUGGCCAGGAAAACGCCCAGCUCGAAGGCUUCAGAGGAACAACAGCCUGUUGCCAAAUAGCCCUCAUUUUAGCACAGGUUGGACUGAGGAAGACAGCCAGUGGAUCACCCAGAUAAACAGACUCCAGAAGCUGAUUGACAGGCUGGAAAAGAAGGACCUAAAGCUUGAGCCAUUUGAAGAGGAAGUUUUGGAAGAAAAUGCAAGAUCUCACAUAAUGAUUGUUCAGCGUCAAAUGUCUGUGAUAGAAGAAGAAAUCGAGCAAUUCCGGCUUGCUCUGAAGCAGUAUGUGGAAUCUGCUUCUACUCAGGGUGGCUGCUUGCAUGUUUCCACACAGAAGCUUCCAAGUGAUUCCCGCUUCAUUGUUUAUGAGUUCUGGGAGAACAGCAAUGCAUGGAAUAGCCACCUUCAAAUGAAUUACAGCAAGACAUUCCAAAGAAGUAACGUGGACUUCCUGGAAACUCCAGAGCUCAUCACAACAAUGCUAGUCCCUG